GGCGGGCGGAGCACGGCGGGGGGGGAAGCCCCGCUCGGAGCAGCCGGCGCGGCGGCUCCGGCAGGUGGCACUGGCCGCCUCCCCCGGCCGCCUCCCCCGCUCCCCCCCCGGCCCGGGCUCCGCCGCCGCCGCCGCCGCGCUCAGUCCGCCAGCGCCGAUGCUGCUGAGCGGAGCGGCGGCCGGCUCGGAGCGCGGCGGCGGCGGCGGCGGGGCGGGAGCCGGGGCGGGGGCCGGCGGGGCUCCGCAGUGCGUGGGCACCAUGGCCCGCUGGCUCCGCGAGCACCUGGGCUUCCGCAGCGCCAAGCCCGCUCCCCCCGCGCCGCCCAAGCCCGACUACCGCGCCGGGCCGCCGCCGCAGCCGCCCCCGCCUCCCGGGGGCGCCGCCGAGCCGCUGGCCGCCGCCCAGCCCGACAUCGUGGCGGCCUACCGGCUGCAAAAGGAGCGCGACUUCGAGGACCCUUACAGCGGGGCGCCGCUGCCCGCCGCCCCCGACGGGCCCCGGUACGUCUCGCCCAAGCACCGGCUCAUCAAGGUGGAGGCCGUUGAGAAGGUGCCCGCCAGCCCCCCGCCGCCGCCGCCGCCGCCGCUGCUGACCCCCGCCGCCCCCAGCUCGCCCCUGGCCGGCCCGGAGCCACCCGACGAGCCGCCGCAGGAGCUGGCUGUCCUGGAGGACUACGCAGAUCCCUUCGAUGCGGCGCAGGUGGCUGGUAGCCAGGCAGGGCUGGAGAAGGUGACAGAGAACGAUGGAUACAUGGAGCCAUAUGAAGCCCAGAAGAUGAUGGCUGAGAUCCGCCAGAAGGGCUUACGGGAGGCUCCUGCCCGGCCGCUGCACCUCUACGACACUCCCUACGAGCCUGUGCUUGGAGGGCUGGACAUGGACGGUGAACGCCCGGCUUGCCACAGGCCCAGGGAGUCCCGGCUGCCUGAGGAUGACGAGCGGCCGCCGGAGGAGUACGACCAGCCCUGGGAGUGGAAGAAGGAGCGGAUCUCCAAAGCCUUUGCAGUUGAAAUCAAGGUCAUUAAAGACCUGCCAUGGCCACCGCCGGUCGGACAGCUCGACAGUGGUGAAAGCCCCCCGGACAGUGAGGCUGGUGCCUCCGUCCCUCUGCAGCACGGCCAGCCCAGCUACGAAGACGCCAACGGUCCGUCGGAGGGGCUGGGGUACGGCCGCACCUCGCCCUGCAGGGAGGAGAAGGCCAGGGCUGCCCUCAGGCACGGCUCCAGCAGCCUCAAGAGCACCAAGACGCUGAUUGCUGAGCCUGGCCCCUUUGUUGGGGAGAGGAUUGACCCUGCCCUGCCCCUGGAGAGCCAGUGCUGGUACCACGGGGCCAUCAGCCGGACGGACGCAGAGACGCUGCUGAGGCUGUGCAAGGAGGCCAGCUACUUGGUGCGCAACAGCGAGACCAGCAAGAACGACUUCUCCCUCUCCUUGAAGAGCAGCCAGGGCUUCAUGCACAUGAAACUGUCCCGGACCCAAGAGAACAAGUACGUGCUGGGUCAGCACAGCCCGCCCUUCGACAGCGUGCCGGAGAUCAUUCAUCACUACGCCAGCCGCAAGCUGCCCAUCAAGGGGGCUGAGCACAUGUCCUUGCUUUACCCAGUGGCUAUCCGUACCCUAUAGUACUCGCCCCCCAUGAGCCAGGCUGGAGGCCGGGUGCACCCAAAACUGGUGCAUCCGCAGGGCCGAGCGCCGCUGUGCUGAGGAUGGGCUCCGGACCAGCAGCCCACGGGCACCUCGCCGGGCACAGCCGGCACUGUUGGGGAUUGCUGCAGCCGGACCCCCUGUCCCACUCGCUCGGGGGGCUCCUGUGCGCUGGUUUGCCCACUGGGACGGCGCCAGGGGACUCCCUGCACGAGGAGCUGAGUGGGGCUCGCCGGCUGCCCGCUGCCCUCACCUGCCUCCUGGCAGAGCUUGGGAUGCAAGGACUGGAGCUGGGGCCUUGGAGAGGCUGGGGAGGGGGCUGACGUGCAGGAAAAGGGGGAGAGAUCAUCCGGUAGCAGGCCUGAGGUGCCUCUGUGAGGGUCCCUGGCUCUGCCCACGGGAGACAAAAUGGCUGUGCCCGCAGGCAAGGAGGCUGGCAGGGGGCGAGCAGUGGCCUGCUCACGGCUAGCGAGGCGGCGGGGGGCCGGGCAGGUCGGUGGUGGCCCCCACCCACACAGGUGCUCGGUACUCGCUGCCAUCCUUUGCCAAAUGUAAAUAGUGACCGGUCUCGGCUGCGCGUGCAGCACCACUGCCUAAUAAAGCGGUGCAUGGUCACCUCCUGCUCCGUGGGGACCGCGCGCCCGCAUCCCACCACCUUGAGUGGGGGAUUGGUGUGGCAAAAUGGUGGGGAGGGGGAUUUUAUUACACAAAGGCUGUAAGCAAAUUGAUCUUUCCUUCACUCUUGUGUACACUGAGACCUGUGUGCCCAAGCGGUCCAGCCAGCUCACUCAUUUGAGACACGGGGGACAAGGAAUGCCAGUGGUCACGUCCUUGCUAUGUCUCUGGGACCCUUUGCAGGCAGUGAUGCUUGUUAUUCCCUGUAGAAGGGGGUGCUCUCUGGGAUCUUUUGCCUCAUUGUUUUCCUUCACCCCUUCUAAGUCUUAGGCAAAAUCCCUGAAUUUCACGGACCUCCUGUUCUCCUCCUCUGGGUAUUUACUGGCUCCAGGCCUGUUCUUCGUCUUCCUGACACCUUGUCUUCGGGCCAGCUUGCUCCUUCUCUUCAUUUGGCUGAAGCUACAUCUGGUGCUCCGUAGCACUUAACGCACACCUUGCCAUUUAACCUUGUUCCUGGUGUUGCUUGCUACUGUACCCACGCAUGUGCAUUUCCUCCAUCCAUGCUUCAGACUAAGCUGUCUCGCUGUUACUCCCCUGCAGCACGUUCCCUUUCCCCUUCGCUCCCUGGGUGGUCCCGCAGUGGUCAGCAGAGGGGAUGGCAGCAGCAAAUUCGCUGCUGGACCAGCACAACCUUUUGCAUCAGCGGAGGAAAGCGCUUGGGGCAUUGGUGAGAUGUGUUAGCAGUGGCUUGAUGAAGGCUUUGUGAAAAAGCAUCAUCCUCCCCACCGCCUCCUCCCAGGAAGGAGCCGGUCCUGCUGGUUUGCUGGGGGGGGACGGAGGUGAUCCAUGGGACUGCAGGGACCUUGCGUGGGUGAGCGCCGCAGCCGCAGCCGCAGCAGGAGCUCUGCUCUCCCAUCCAGGGCUCUGGGGUUUUCCAGACUCAAUCUGUAGCUGGGGGAUCGCUGUCCUGGCUGCUCAUCACAGCUUUGAGCUGCCGUGGGGACCGUCGGGCACAGCCAGCGUGGUCCCCCAGUGCAUGCCGUGGUUGGGAGCCUGCAGAAACUCUGGUGGUUUGUUCCAGGAUGCCUCAGGCUCUGCUGCUCCUUAAAAGGCAGUGGUUUGAGCUCGUCAGGCGCCCGGUGUCUCCUUACAGCCCUGCUUGGCUGCUGGCAGCUCCCCGGCUGCCUCUCUCCAUCCCAGGGAGGCAUCUUGUCCAGCGGCAACGGAGGCGACUCCAGCUGGAGGGUUUUUCUCCUGGCAGUGCCACACCAGCGCCUGCAGAAAGGGCUGGAGAUGCAGAAAUCUGCAGAGAUGCUCUUGGAUGCCCUUGCUGCAUUUAAAAGGUUUCAAGGGCCCUUAGCGGCCCUGCUGUGCCCUGACGGCUCCAGUGCAGAGCUCAUCCCAGGGGAUACUCUGCCUUCUCUGUGGCUGCGGCUGGGAAAGCAGAGGCUUCUCCGGUCCAUGCAGCUGGGGAAUGAAGGCACAGGAGAGCCUCCCCACGUAUUGUGGGUUUUUUUCUCAAGAAACUGUGGCAGGGAGCAAACUGCCUGGCAGACAGGGCUGGCUGUAUCAGCAAGCUUGCAGCCUUAGGGUGAAAUCCUGCCCAAGCAGCCUGGAUCCAUCUCAGGGUCAUCCCUGCCGAGGGCUAAGAGGUGUGAGACGUGAGUGUGUCGCACCAGCUCCCCAGAAACAGUCACAGACCAGCAGGACUGCUCUGGACCUGGGCUUUGUGUCCAAGUUCUUCAGCUAAGCAGCUCUCAAUCCUCCCUGUGGCAAUUACAUCCCUCCUCAGCCCUCUCUUCUCCAGGCUGAAGAAGCCCAACUCCCAAGCAUCUCCUUGUACAACAUGUUCUCCAGCCCUGGCCAUCCUAGUGAUCCUCUGCAGGACUCUCUCCUUGUACUUGGGGUCCAGAACUGGACACGGUAUCCAGACGUGGCCUCACCAGUGCCAAAUAAAGGGAAAUAACUACUUCCUUUGACCUGGCUACACUCAUAUAAUAACUUGCAUUGGAACGGACCUCAGGAGGUCUCUAGUUCACCCUCCUGCUCCAAGCAGUGUCAGUGUUGACCAGAGUCCAAGAAGGGCUUUUUUUGGAGAGAAGCAGAACUGCCGUAAGCCCAGCUAGGUUUUUUUUCCCCUCUUCAUAGCAUUACCAGGAGGGACUGGACACCAGGGACAGAUGGCUGCAAAUUCACUGCAACCUGAGGGUAACGCCUCCAGCCCAAUGGAGCCUCCAGCUCCAUGUGGGCCCUCAUGUGGUGGAGGAGGUCCAACAAGAAAGAUGUAGGAGCAGGCUGCAGGAUGCAGAGCACAAAAAGAGCCAGGACACAGGAGGACAAAGAACCAGCCCACAGCUUGACACUGGGUCAGGGGAUGGACCUGAUCUCCUCAAAUGGGGCAGAUCCAAGCAGGUCCUGGGUCCUGUUUGGACCCAGGGGGUCUCAUUUGGGGAUUCGCACAGAAAGUAUGUGACGCUGGGUCUGGCUGGUGUAUUGCAACCUCUAUUUAUGAUGGGAGCUGAUCAGGACCUUCCCAGAAAAUUUGAACUGAAUCUCUCUUACAAGGGUAUUUUAGUGCUAUCUCUGCCAUUCCGUGACUGAAGUGAGUGUUGUUUGGGAAUGGGGUGGGUGGGGGCAGCCAUGCAACAGGGCUAGAGAGGUGACAGGGAAUCCCCAUUCAUGAGGAUGCUAAUCCCCAGGACACAGGCAAGGGCCUGAGCAACCUGAUGUGGCUUUAAGGUUAACCCUGUUGGGAGCAUGAAGGUUGACCAGAGACCUUUGUCUGUAGCAAUUCCCAAUCCACUUGUACCAGCAAUCCCCUGUGUCCUCCUGGCUGCCUCUGUUCUCUCUCUUUCCUCCCCAGAAGUGAAACAGCUCUGUCAUUCAUCGCCUGAUCUCUAGUCCCUUGCUAAGCCCUCCAUAAUCGCUGAGCUGUUUUAGCAUGCUGCAGACCCUGAUAAUGAGGGAAGGAAGUUUGUUUCGUAAUUGGAUUAGCAUGGCUGGGAACAUUGCUCUUGCACAGCGGUCAGGGCUGAGCUGGCAUGGCCCCCAAGCCUCGUGCCACUCUGCCUGGUUGUGGGCCAGCUUGGGGCCAUGCUUACUCCUGCACAGGACUUCACUGGCCAGAAGAUGUAGUCUUGCAGGAGGAAGGCAACCAAGAGGGGUGAAAGGCUGAUUCAGGGCAGAAUUUGAGCUUGCCCUCCUUGGAAGCUGGGGUAUGUUUGCUGAAACUGUCACAGUCCCUAAUGUCUCCCACCUGCUGAAAAUGAAGCACUUUGGUUAGUGUCAAGCCUGCCAUCAGCCUCAUCACCCACCCUGGCACAAGUCAUCAAGGCUCCUGAACACCUCAGAGGCUGGAGGGCAUUACCAGUAACUCUGAUCCUUGCAGGACUGGGCAAAACCCUCAGAUGUGUGUAGGGUAUGGUCCAUCAUCAAUGCCCCCUUCCUGCUCCUCUGGCCUGGAGAAGUUUCCUUAAGCCCAAGCUUAGUGAUUAGUUUAAAACCCCAGCCCUAGGAGUGAUGCUUAAGUUGCUUGAAUAUCACUGAAAACAUAGUGCCCUGUAUUCUGUCUUGAACCACAGCAAUCUGCAGAAGGAUCAAAUAACCCAACAGCUCAGCUGCCAAAGUUUGUAGUGAAGGAGAGAAAUUUGUUCCUGAUCCCUGCAGGCUACCAGCAAAACGUGCAGUGUAGCACAUACGUAGCACACGCAUGUGGUACACACAUGGCCCAGCUAAAAUGCCUCCUUUCAAAUCUUCUCAUAAAGACCAACAUAUUUGACACAAGGGGCAAGUUUCAGCUCCUAACUCAGAGACCACCCUUGCUCAGUCCCUUCGGUACGCUUCCCCAGCAUCGUCUCAAACCAGUUACUUGCUCCUGGUACCCUGUUUGAAAAUUGUCCCAAAACAUCCAUGCUUGGAUGCCUCCACCUAUUUUUAAGUCUACACUUGUGAGCAGUUCUCUCCUUUUCCUUGCACAAUUUUGGAGGCCUGUCUCCAAAAUGGCAUGCUCGGGCAGAUCUUCUGCGUGACAUCUUCCCAGUCAGUGCCUUGCUAGUGAUGUGGCUGUAUCCCUUAUGAAAAGACAUCCCAGGCAUGAUGACUCCACACUCCCAGCCCUGCACUACUUGCUAUUAACAUUGGCCAGGUCAUCCCAAGACUGGGGUGGAGGAACAGUGCUAGAAGCAUCGCCUUGCUCAGAGACACCCCUUUUAAUACAUCAUUUACUUGAUUAGCUGGUUCCUCCUCUGCUAUAUCCAUACCCAUGACUUCCAGCAUUGAAAACUGGUUCAUACUGGGUGCAAAUCAAACUCCUUCCUUAAAUCUAACCAGCCUAAAUGUGCUGCAUCACCUUGUCCAAGUUAAUGAUCAAAGAAAAAUCAUUACGUUACACUGAGACAAUGUAUCUGUGAUAAAUUAUGUUUCCAUUUGCUUUCCUAUCUUGAAGCUGGGUUUCCUUCAAAAGAAACCCCAGAAAAGUGUGAAAGUCUAGAUAUGUUUUAACCCCUCUUUUUCCUUUUCUGGAUGUGGGGCGCACACUUGCUGCAUUUGUUUACUAUUUGAGCCAUACCCAGGUUAUCCUAAAUCUGGUCCUUCCUUCACAGUGAGGUGACCUUCCCUCCUCCUUUCCUCCCUGAUCUCAUGCAGCUCCUCCUGGUUGACCCUCAUCUCAUGCAUUCAAAGUGUGUCCUCAUCUGGUGGUUGUGCUUCAGGCAUUCUCUGUCCUUCACAUCCUGCUCAGCUGGAUGACCUGCACAGCUACAAGUCUUUCUCUUAAUUUCCAGGAUAAAUAUAUGCAUGCUGAAUUUUUCUCCAUUAAGUGGCAGCUCACAGCAAGUCCUGAUCUGUGCCUGCAUGGGACCGGCGGGCUCUCUGCACAUGUGUGUCCUCUCUCACUGUUCCUGUAUGAGGUAGCCUUGCUGCACACGUAGAGUGCACUGUGAUUUACUGCCCAUAUGCAGCAUUACAGCCUCUCUGCGCAUGCACAGCGUGUCCUGAUUUACUGCCUGCAUUAAGGUUUACCUCUCUGCAAAUUCACAGCACGUCUGGUUUUAGUGUGCUCUCUCUGACCGGGCACAGCGUGUCCUGAUUUACAGGGAAGGAUCUUGCAUCUCUUUGCCUCCAUGCUCACACAUGCCGCUGCCCCUCUCCAAGGGGAGUAGUCUGCCUGAUUUGCCCCUUGUGCAUGCAGUGGUCUUGGAUUUACUGCGUGUGCAAUGGGUGGGCACUCCAUGCGGUGUAGUGCUGCCUCCAUGUGCUCAUGACAUCCUAAUUUAUUGCACAUGCAUUAGCUGCUUUCCCAUGCAGGUGCCUUGCAGCCCCUGGACAGGCACAUCGUAGCAGUGCUUUCUGCUAUGUGUGCAAGGCUCUAGCAUCGUGUCCCGGCGUCUGAGCAACCCCCAACUCUAGCUGGUAAUUUAUGGUAAAGAUUGCAGGUUCAGUGCUAUGCUUAAUUCCAUUUUCCUUCCACACAUGCAGGCUGUCUGAGCCUCCUCUGCCCCUAGCUGCUCAACCCCUCUUGUAACUGUGUCUUACAAGGGCUGAGAUGCAGCCUGGCACCACCAUCCUGGGCUGUCCUGGUUCAUGUCUUGGUCUGGAAUCUGUGGGCUGUGUGGUGACUAGGUGCUAAAAGUCCUGCCAGAGGUAAUGGAGGGUGCCUCUGGCGGGCAGCAAGACCCAGUGUCCUGCCAAAUGUCAUUUAAGCCAGAGUCCCGGGUGCUACCCAGAUUGCAGCUCCAGAAACUAAGGUCUUCUCAGGGCAUGUUUAUGGAAUCCCAAUGACUUCCUCUACUGACCUGUUGGCUUGGGAGAGCAAAAGGGGAAAACUGGGUUAUCAGAGACCCCAGAAAUGGUUCAGAGGGCAGAAGGGACCAUGCAGUCCAGAGGACAGUGUUGUCACUCCAAGUUGCAGAAUGUGCCCAUCCAGGCCUACACCAAGAAAGGUGAGGAAGGUGUGACCCACAGCCAUGGCCUAUGGCGGCCCAUGAAGGAAGCAUGGGAGAGGCAGGGUCUCCCAUCCCUUACCCUGGGAAGGUCUCCAGCCCUGUUUGUGAUGCUGGUGACCAGAGCAUGCAGGGAAAGCUGCCGGCUGGGGCUGGGAAGGAGGAGGUACAAGCUGAGGCUUCUCCAGUUUGUAGUAGGGAAGGUGGUCCCUGGUUUUCUUCUUUUUUUCCAGAGAGUGGCUGAGCUAAAAAGCAUCUUGCCCUCUUCUGCUGUGACUUGUCACCGAGCUCCCAGAUGCCGUGGGCUGAGGGAAAUGUUCCAAAUGGGACCAGGAAGGGCUGGAGAGAGUGCAUCACCCACAUGGUGAGGGCUCUUGCCCUUGCAUUUGUCUUCCCACCAGUCCCAAAGGAAGAAACACAUCAUACACCAGAGCAGGCAAGAGAGCAAGCACAGGGAUGUUGCCCAGUCCCCUCUGCAUUGCAGACCCCGCACUGCCCCAGUUAGGUGAGGGUCCCUCUGAAAGUCCAUCAUUCAGGGCGACCUCAAGCUCUGCGGCUCUGGCAUUGUCGGCCCCGCAGACAGCAAGGUAAUUCAUGCUGGCAGCAACUGCUCCCGCUAUCAGCACCGCGAUAAUUGUCCCUGCUGGGCUGGUCCUGCUCAGGGCCGUUAGCAGCAAGAUCCUUCUUUUAUCAUCGUACAUCUCAUUCCCGUCUUGGCAGCUGCAGUAAAUGUCUGUCUGUUAGCGAGGCCGAACGCCCGUCAGGAUGCAAGGUCAGGUCACCCUGUAGUGGCUGAUGAUUUUGACAUGCUUGCAGGUUGCUCAGGGUGUGGAGUGGGAACAUCUCUCUCCUGCGGCUUGAUGCAGGGAUGGGACGGGGUAUCUCAUGGUGGCACCAGCGGGGGACAUCCCUGCAUUGUGCCCCCCCACCCCAUCCAUUCAGCAGUGCAGCUGGUCUGUCCGUGGACUCUGUGUCUGCUGGGAUGCGGGAAGCGGGGACAGGCGAUCCCUCCCUGAUGGCAGAGGCGCUGCUCAUUUCCAUUUAGAUAGAAGAAUUUCAAUCUCGGCUUGAUGUCUUCUUACCACAGUGCGACUCAAGACCCACAUUUCCAAUUUUCUUCCCCAUGCAACACCAGAUGCUCUCUGCUGGCUUGGGAACUGAAGCACAUUAGAGAUGCUGCAGCCCAGCAGAGGUGGACAGUUGGGUGCGUGAACACGGAUGAUUAUCUGUGCGUAGCUCCACAAGGCAGCUGGCGCAUAUAGUUUCUCCACACCCAAAACCGCUGCACUGCCUGCGGCCCAAAGCGCUCCGAUUGCCUCUCACUAGCUCCCUUCCCUACCCCUGUCCAGGGACAGGAGAUUAAAACCAGCAUCCAGAGCUGACCCCCGUGAUACAGGACCCAGAUCACUUGGGGGGCAGAGCAUGGUCACACAAGAAGUCACCCAGGUGACCAUGCCAAUGAGGACAACCAGCUAUUUCUGUCUUCCAGUGGUAAAAAUGGAAGAAGAAAGAAGAAAUCCAGCAUGGGGGUGAGGGUGUCCUUGUUUGCUGCCUACACCGAGUACGUGUUCACUUGCCCACAGAUGGGUGGGUACGGGGAAGCUGGUGAUCCUCGACGUGGUCUCCUCCACCGUGUGCUUCGCGUGCCUGUUCCUGCUGGAAUGAAGAAACACCACAGUUUUGCUCAGCUAAAAAUGCGACAGCUUGCGGAAGAGAAGCUGGAGAGGGUUGGUGGAGGGAGCCACAACCUCGUGGGUGAUGACCGAAGACUCCGGGACGGGCGCCUAUACUUUGAGAAAGGAGGUUGGUUGGCUUAACUAAACCGAGAGGGCACGGAGGCCGCAGAGGCUCCUUCCAGCUAGCGGAGGGCACGUCCCGGAGCAGAAGGCACGGAGAAAUAAAACUAGUUCUGCUGUCAGCGGGACCCAGGUUCUAGCAGAAAGGAGCAGCCGGGAAGGAUCUGCCCAGAGGAUGCCUCGGCAACCAAGUGCAAGCCGGCUGCAGAAAGCAGGAGCUUCUGGAAAGAACAGUGGAGGAGGCAACAGUACCUAAAUAAGGCCUUGGAACUGAUGUAUUUUGAUGCUUGAAAUUGUAUAUAAACUGUGCUUGUUAAAA